AGCAGAUGGCGGAAGGUAGGCCAUUACAGAGGGUGAAUGUGCUGUAUAAUGUUUUGCUUGCGCAGCCCCAGCGGUCGACGAGACGUUGAAAUCAGACGACGUGGCGGGAAUUUUGGACGAGCUUGUCGAGGCGCAGAAUCACUCCUACGUGUUGGGGCUCAAGCUACUGCCGUCACACAAGGUGGAGGCGAUUCACCGCCAAUACCAGGAUCCGGAAGAGCGCUUGCUGCACAUUCUUCUUGCCUUCACGAAGCAAAUACAGCCAAGACCGACGUGGAGUGUCAUUUUAGAGGCCUUGAAAGCGCCUGCGGUGAAUCUACCAAGUCUAGCUAGAAGAGUGGAAGCAGAUCAUUUCCCUGACCCUACGUCGACGCGUGAUGUGGUGCCUAAGACUACUACUGAAAAUUAUUUUGAGGCCACCGCGGUUGGUGAUGAUGAAGUCAAGUCAGAGCCAACCUCUCAACAGAACCUCCUCUGUUCAGUCUCAGAUAGUGGUCAUGGUGGUGUGAUUAAGAUUCCAUCAUCGAGUGAAGAAGUCAACAAGAUAAUCACGGAUUUGGAGAAAAUCUUUGACAAUCUCAAGAACACCAUCAGAAAAAGUCUCGAGGAUCGCGGGGUUCAAGUAAAGAGAGCUGCAGAUGUUCUGACAUCACUGUCUGCUGAUGAAGACGACAAUACCAGAAUGUUCGCUGAGAGCCAUGUCAGUGUUCUCUUCAAAGCUGCCGACAUCCCUGAGCUGUUUGGAACUAUGAACUUCCACUGGAACUACCUCAGUCCCCCUCCCCUUGACCACCUGGUGAAAAAGUUUGAUCUCGACGAAGUUAAACCUCAGAUGAAGGCCUACAAGUUUCAUCUACAGCAGUUCAGAAUGAAGACGCCAUUGAGUAUGUUCUGCCGGACACAGAAGAGAAAGAGAUUAAGACCAACAGGAGAAUUCCGAGAGAUGGUCGCUGACUUUGAGUGGCCAGAGAACGUGACACUGGAAGUUGUGGAGCAGUUUCGACAGGAGUACGCCUCUCACUACAACCUGCGAGAGUGCGCCAUGAUGAUUGCCCAAGUUCGCCCAGGCUCCUUCAUCAUCACCUGGUUCAUUCCUGAAUCAGUCGUUGAGAUGUUGAAGAAAGAAGUGCCCAGAGCAAUUCUGAAGAAAUAUUCAGCCACUAAGCUGGAGAUUGCUGGAGCUUGUGUCUAUCGUUCACGUAAACCUCAGGAGAAGGUGCCUGUCACUCCAUCCACCAUCAGUGGUCCAGCCAGUGCAGCAUCAGUCCCAGCCACUGGACCAGCUCUUCCAGGAGCUAGACCAUUUGCCCAGCAACCCAAGCUAGUGUCAGUGGAAGAUUAUCUGUUUGUCGAGCAGCCAUCUGAUGACUUCUUCUGUCCAGUGACAUUUGGUCUUCUGCUCCAUCCUUACCUCACAUCAUGUUGUGGUAAUCAUCUCUCAGAGGAAGCUGCUAGCAGGAUACAGCGGGAGGGAGGGGCAUGCCCGCUGUGUAAGAAGAAGGAUUGGAGCACAAUGUUUAACAAGCACUUCCAGCGCCAAGUCAACUCGCUGUGUAUGUUCUGUUGCCACGAGGACAGAGGGUGUGGCUGGCAGGGAGAGCUGGCUGCCUUUCACCCUCACGUGAAUUCUUGUCCAAUGAGAGAUUGUCCUCCCAUGACUGAGCUAGUUAAACUGCCAGUAUACAGAGAGACUGGAGCCAGUACUAUUUCGUUUGGAGCCAGCUCUCCUCGGUCCAUUGCUUCUGGAACUGACAUGAAAAGAAUGAUGGAUUUGAGAGUAGAUGAUUUGUACGAGGUUCAAGAAGCGAUCUGGGACACCAGGCCCAAGUGGAAGAACAUUGGCUUGGGACUCCUGAUUAGUCCGCCUGAUAUUGAAGUUAUCAAUGAAAACAACGGUAAUAUUGACGAUAAAUUUCACAGUAUGAUUCUCAAAUGGCUUGAAAAUGGCAAGAACUGUACGUGGGCCGCGUUGUGCAAAGCCUUAUCGGCUCGGUCUGUCGGACAUGCUAACCUGGCCGCAAGAAUAAUGACAUCACCAGCAACAUUACAACAUGAGCCAUUGAGCAAUCCCGAAGAAUCCAAAGUAGCAUUCUCCAAAGAGCUCAGUUUACAAAACGGUAUCUGGCUAAGAGGGUACCAGGAGGAACUGGCUGGUCCAGGUCUCCAGGGAGAGAAUUACAUAUUUGUAGCUCCAACCGGGACAGGGAAAACUCUAGUUGCAGGCUACAUCAUCAUGCACCACUUGAACAAGAUGCUGAAAGAAGGUAGAAGGAGAAAAGUUGCAUUUGUGACUCCAACACGACAACUAACAUUCCAACAGAAGACAAAGCUUCAAGAAUACAUCCCUGGCAUGAGAUUAGUUGAAAUUACAGGGGCAAGUUGUCGACCAAUGCAUCCACUAGUUCAGGGAGAUGAAGUUGAUGUGAUUGUGUGCACGGCUGGAAAGCUACGGAGAGAACUCAAAACAGAAGCCGUCGAAAUUACCGAUUUUUCCCUCAUUGUUGCUGACGAAUGCCAUCACGCUGGCCGCCCCUCCAAUUACAGUGACAUCAUGGAAUUUUACAUCAGGUCAAAGCUUGCAAAGCCAGCAUCUACCUUACCACCACACUUUGGUGGAACACCACUUCCUCAAAUUGUAGGCUUGACUGCUUCUCCUGGGGCAGGGAGAGGGAAAUCUAACAUUGUCACCGUCGUAGAACACCAACUCUCCCUAUGUGCAAGUAUGGAUGCCACAUCUGGUAUUGUUACCGUUCAGAGAAAUGCUGCUGAGCUUGAAAAAUAUCGAAAUGCUCCAAGGAAAUAUCUUGAAGUCGGCGAUGAGCGAAAUCCAAAUGAUCCGUUCAUUCUGUAUGUUAACUCCGCUAUGGAAACACUCGAGCAUUACAUAGGAAACAAUCCUUGCCUUGCACGGGGCUCAUCAGGAUAUGACACAUGGCUACAAAACGAGAAAGAAGCAGCAGAGAACAGGGAGGAAGAUGAAAGGAAAAGGAUUUCAGUUCUCGAUAGACUGAGUGUCUACUCCCAAUGCCUCAUGACCUACAGUGAUUUCCGACAUGAAGAUGCAGUGUCAGUGCUUGAAGAAGUCGAGGAAUUCAGAGAUCAGACCGGUUUUGAACAUUUCCUCUUUGGCGUUCACAUGGACUUGAUGGAAAAACUGUCUAGUUUACCCAAGAUCCCAAACCCAUUACUGGAGCACAUGGAAACCAUUCUCCGUGAUCAGUUUGCUAGGUGUCCUCAAUCAAAAGGAAUCUUCUUUGUUCAAUCAAUCAAACACACGAGAUACGUCACAAAUUGGAUCAAAAGCUCUCCCACUCUCUCCCCACCAUCAAAGCUACUCAUAUCACUGGCUACAACCGUG